AAUUAUACCAAGGUAAUAAUUGUGUGUUUUUAGACACGCGUGUUACACAUAAUUCAGCGAAUAGCCCGGUAGCUUUUUGUUUCUUCACUUCAGAAAGCGCUGCUGCCCGCUUUUUGUUUCGAGUUGUCGCUGCAAACAAAUCCACUGCUGAACAAUGUCUUACAUCAACUGUUUUCAUUGUCUCUGUGCUAGCAAAUUUGCGCAGUUUCCAUUUUAUUGACCAGUGUUUAAAAAAAGGCAACAUUGACGUCAGUUAACGAUAGUAAGACGCUGUGUUGUGGGUGAAACGUUUGUUACUCACCCAACGUUAACCGUGCGGAGUGUCUGAAAGUUUGAGAGCCUGCAUCAGUUCAUUCUGCAUCAAAUGUAACUUAGAUUUGUCCUUAUGUUGUGUUUCUUUGACAACACAACCAAUAACAUCGGGUUAUAACGUUAAUGUAAUGUCAGUGUUGUCUGUUUUUGGGUGUUUUGGUGUUCGCGCGACUUGGCUUUAAAUACCAAAGAUACUUGGGUGGUGUUGCUUUAGCCAAAGGUUUUUGCAAUAACAUUGACCAACAGAUCAACGAUGUUUGGCUUUCACAAGUCAAAGAUCUACCGGAGUAACGACGGCUGUUGCAUCUGCAAGACAAAGUCCUCCAGUUCACGCUUCACAGACAGCAGUCGAUAUGAAGAGACAUUCAGGCUCUGUUUUGGCUUGUCAGAAGAUCGUGUUGGAGACAUUUGCAAUGCCUGUGUGUUGCUGGUGAAGAGGUGGAAGAAGCUACCUAAUGGCUCCAAGAAGAACUGGAACCAUGUGGUGGAUGCCAGAGCUGGGCCAGGCUUCAAGGUGACGAAACCCAAGAAGAUCAAGAACAGUGAUGGGAAGAAGAAAAGCAAGCUAAGGAAGCUUCAUAAGUUAAAGAGACAAACAGACUCAGAUGCCCACAGCACGACCUCCAGUGUGUCGCCUGCGCAGUCCCCCAGAUACAGCAACCAGUCUGACGAUGGCUCAGACAUCGAGUCCAAACAAAGACGCACAACUCCCUCUAUCUUCUCUUUCUUGGACCGUUCGUACUGGAAAAGGCAAAAGGUGUGCUGUGGGAUUGUCUACAAGGGGCGGUUUGGAGAGGUGAUUAUUGAUCCUCGACUCUUCAAGCCCUGCUGCAGUUCCAAAAAACAGAAGACACUGGUGUCAACGCAAGUGGCCACACACCUUCCAGACACACUUCCUCCACAGCUCACAGAAGACGUGAAAGAAACCUGGUAAAUGCUUUGGUUGAAUCCCCCCUGUAGGGUAAUCCAUGGCAUCCACCUGGAUUUGUCUCCAGUGGCAGACCUCCCCAUCUCCACUCCCCCAUUGUAUUGGUUAGAUGUUUCUUUUCUAUGUAAUAUUCCUUUUUAUAUGGGUAUUUUUUUUAACUUUUGUAUAGAGUUGAUUUUCUUUUUUUAUAUAAAGCAAAAAGGAAAAAAAAAACUUAUUAUGGGCAUUAGUAUUAUUUAUAGGAUGAGGAUGAACAUUUUGUUGAGACUUUGUUUCUGAUUCUGAAUUGCUUUUGGUUGCUUAUUUUGUAUUAAGUGAUCAAUGUUUUGUAAAUAUUUUGUCACUUUUUCAUACAUAUCAAGACUGUUCUAUUUUUUUCCUUUAAUUUGUCAAAUUGUAAGUGUGCAUAUGAAAGACACCAGCUAUUUGUAAUACCAGCUUUUUGUGUGUGUUGGAGUGCAAUAUUUUGUUGGCUCCAUAUGUGCAAAUGUGUGAGGUACAUGAAUGACCACCAGGGAUCAUUAGUACAACUGUUCUCUAUGAAUUUAAUGAGCUUUUUAAUGUGUGUGUGUGUGUGUGUAUAGAAGAACGAAUAAUCUUGCCAUUUUCAAAGGUUAAGCAUGCCACAAGUUUGAAACACUCCAUGCAUGCAGUACAUUCCUCCGUCUUUUGGAAUGACAAGUUAUUAAUUUAUUUCUUUUGUACAGCCUCCAAUGAAAUGAUGAUGCAUGUUGUAAAGCAAAUGUUUUUAAAAUUAAUUUUGUAAAUACAGUGUUUUGGCUCUUGGUACAUCCAAACCUUUUUUAAAUUACAGAAUGGCAAACCACUACUUCUGUUUUAAAAAAAACAAAGUUUUUAUGUGUCUGAAAGGUGCUGAAAUAUAUACUUUUACGCUAAGCCAGUUAAGUUUUUUUAGCACAUUUUCACAUCUAAUUUUCUCAGACGCUCUCUCUACAGGCGUGCAAAGCUGUAGCCUAUGCUCUAUUCAGAAAUAUGUGUACACUGCAGGGAAAGCGAGAUGCUUAAUUGUAGCAUCAGUGAGCUGCAAUAUUCCUUGUGUGUUUGAUUGCUAAUGGCAUAAAAUGGUCAGAAGCUGAACACACAGGAAACGCAUAAACUAUGUUUUACGGUUACUCUACAUUGUUGCCAGAAAAAUGCUGUUAGCGAAAAUGUGUUUGUGAUUGUCAUUGCUGUGUUUUAUCUUCAGAAGCAAUUGUCAAAGUUCAAACUAUGCAGACAUUUUGAAUGUGAGAAGUGCUCUGGGGCUUUCUAUCACUUUCACUAAUAUAGUGUAAAGAGAUGGAUCCUUAUUCAACCAAAUUGGCUUGUAAAAAGCAUCCAUUAUUUCAGUAGUAAUUUUCUGCUUUCCUAAUCAUAAUUCAUUAUUUUCUCAAGAUGGUUUUUUUUUUUGCGUGUGUAUUUCAUGUUAAAAUAAUUGCAGUUUUAGCCAUGGUGCAUACUGUCUCUCAAAUUAAUACAUCAAUGAUAACGGUUGCUGUAUUUGCUUGCUUUUAUUUUAUUUUUUUCGUUAUUGUGACAAAUCUCAAACUUAAUGAACUGACAAGCAAUGUUCAGUAAAGUUGCUUAGUAUAUAAACUUUUCUGCGGCAGGGUAGUUAAAUGCUGAACAUGUAUUAUGAUUCUAAUUAAAAGGAGAAAUGCUGCUCCCUUUUAAAAUGGGAAAUAAGUUUGUUUUUGUCCUUAGGGAGUUGCCAUAUUGUGGUUUUUUUUUGUGAGGUACAUUUUAGGGGUGUGAGAUGUGCCUUAAUGAAUUACCUGACCUUUUCAUUAUGAUUAUCAUGUAAUUUAUAUUUAUUUAUUGCAAAACUUUUUUUUUUAACUAAAAUUUUGAUAACUGGUUUAGAGCCUUUCAGAAAGUCUGUUAUUCAUUUUGUGCACUUCCUUUGAACAUGCAAUGUAGAUAUUUUUUUAAUGCUUUUUUGUAUACUGUACCACAAAGUAGAACUGUAUUGUAAUAAAAAAAUUAAACAGGG